GAUGCAAUGCACGGGUUGUGCAGAGCGCACGCCAUUGCGAAGCCUGCUGUCUUUUGAGGAGCAACUGGAGCUCUCCUUCAGUCAGCUGCGCCAUGGGUUGGUCGAGGUCCGGGCGGAGCUCGCGACCCUUCAAACGGAGACGAUUCCACUGCUCGAGAGUCCCAGGAUCGAGUCAGUGAGGCUGGGCCCUGAGCUAGAAGAAUCUUUGGUGCUCACCAAUUCUCUGAGCCCGGAAGUAUUGGCCGCUGAGAGGCCUUCGGCACUGGAGGUGCCUUCGGUUCUCGCCAGUCACAGCCACGGUUUCCAGGACCUGGCGAGUCGAUCCGCCUGGGUUGCUGCAGACAGAGCAAAGGCCCUCGUUCAACGCAUCGACCUGGUUGAUGCCGGGGCAGCCGAAGGUCAAGGGUUGCGACUUCAUCCUCGCUGGAUGGAGAUGGCCACCAAAAGCAGCCUUGGUUCUCAGGGAAAGGUGUUCCAGCGUCGCACCAAGCGACAUUUAGGUGCCCUUAUUUUUGCCAAAACGCAGUCCAUCUCUCGGCCUCAGCUGUCCAAGGCGGAUGAUGAGAUGGUGCCACAUCGUCAGCCGAAGUGCUUGCUCCUCCCGCACAGUCCCGUUCGGGUGUGCUGGGACCUUCUCGGCCUCGUCCUCAUCAUAAUGGACGCUUUCAUGGUACCCAUCGCAUUGGCUUGGGACGUUGGCAUAGAGCCGGUGGAUCUUGGAAGCACGCUGAUGUGUCUCUCCUUUCUGACGGCGCUGACCUACUGGUCGUCUGAUGUUGCCAUGACCCUGAACACCGGGUUUUAUUCGAAGGGUCGGCUCGUGCUGGACCGAGGGCAAAUCUUUUGUCACUACCUGACGACCUGGCUCAUUUUUGACCUUGUGCUGAUUUCGCUGGAUGUGGCCGCUGCUGUCUAUCAGUUUGCCCUGGCAGGUGUCCCGACCGAAGGCCUGGGUGGACUGGAGCCCCAAGACAUCUUGAAGAGCCUGCGGGCACUGCGCAUUCUCCGUGCAUUCCGGCUAUUGAGGCUGCUGAAGAUGAGUAGACUCAGCGUUGUCAUCGAGGAAGCUUCUGUUGCAGCGGGCCGACAAUGGCUGGUUUUGGUCGUGGCCAUUGUCAAUACUACUUUGACGAUGGUGCUCUGUGCCCAUGUCCUCGCUUGCGGAUGGUACCUACUGGGAAGGGACAGCUUCGAUCAGACGUCUUGGCUGGAGCUGGGUAAUAUCACUGAGCUCGACGGACCGAUUCAGUAUGUGCAUGCGAUGCAGUGGGUCCUGAUGCCUCCCUCUCCCCCCCCGGUGUCCAAUGACAACGUGGCAGAGCGCCUAUACUGCAUUUUCAUUGUGGGCUCGACCGUGGUGAUCAUCGGUUCCGCCCUGUCAAAGAUCACAGGGACGCUGGCAGAGCUCAGGACGAUCAACUCCGAAGGAUCCAAAAGGCGAAGGGAAGUUCGACAGUAUCUGCAUGCGCAGCAUGUGUCUAUGGAGCUGACAUCCCGCAUCAUGCUCUUCGGCCGUCUUAUCGCGGCCGCAUUUCUUUUCUCCCACCCCGCGCCGCUCAUGAGGCGGCGCUUUGUGGAUUACAAACUGGGAAGGCAGAGCAGUGUUGCCCUGGACGCGAGCUUGCUGUCCCCUUCUCUGGUCAUCGAGCUUCAAGUAAGCCAACGAGGCGCGCAGUUGGCACCGCAUCCACUGUUCGGCAUCAUCCGUGAAGCCUUCCCAGAGGUCUUUUCGGAAAUUUGCGGUGCGGUUGAGAAGCAUGUCUUCGGAAAGAUGGAGACUGUAUUCGCUGCCGAUUCUUGGGCGAACUGCAUGUGGAUUACGACGACUGGGAGGUUCCUGCAUGCCGAAGUCACCGAUGAACUCAGAGAUGCAGGCUCUGUGCUGAGCCCGACCUUGUCGACAGAUGGCACUUGUCCUGAUUGGAACGUCAUCCUUGCAGGUGAGUGGUUUGCAGAGGCCGCCUUGUUUGCAGAGGCCGUCACGCACGACAGCACCCUCAGGGCGGAGACCUUUGGUGAAGCGUUCAGCCUCAAGGGGGCUGCGCUUGUCCGUACGCUGAUGAACUCUCCGGCCUGCACUGCAAUGGUCUGUGAGUACGGCAAGGACCUCCUCGCGAAGCUAAGCCAGUCGAAAAGAACUUCCGGCGAGACGAACUGCACGUACAAAGUUGCGGAGGGCAUCUCUCGCCAGUGCCUCAAGCAGAAUUCCUUCUACCAAGCCUUUCAUCCGGACCCAAGAACUGCUUUGGAUGACUUCGACCUCUUCAAGGAGCACCGGGCCAGCGAGUACCAGAAAGAGGACUCGACGAAGGAGGAAUCGGUGUUCGGCAACGUCAAGAACGAAGUUGCACGAAGGAUGCUUCGAAGGACCAGCAAGCAGGCAGUAGAGCCUGCGGCCGUCUUGGUUGAGGAGGCUGAAACGGAACCCCAGAAUGACAGGAACUGCAUCAAGCGGUCGUCCUCCAUCUUGAACGGGAAGAUUCUUAGCGAGUUGGCCGGGCAGCUCCUUUCCAAGCAGGUCAGCAUGGAAGAGGCUGUGUCCUCACUGCGCGAAUGCAUCCCCGAACUUUCGCCGCAAAAUGGCACCUACGCCCAGUUCGAGCAGGAUGCUGAGCGGGAGAAGUCGGAGAGCUGCUGUGUGAGCUUGAUGGCUCUUCUCCUUGGCUCCUACAAGGACUACACGCAGCCACAAGGGGACAAGGUUCGGCUUCAAGAGGCGCAGUGGCAG